GAUCCUGAAUGGGUUAGUGUAAAUCUAGGCAUAUUAAUAUGCUUAGAAUGCUGUGGAGCACAUAGAGAAUUGGGUGUACACUAUUCACGAACACAAUCAUUAUUAAUGGAUGAAUUGUCUACCAAUCAGUUAUUGUUACCUCGAUUUAUCGGGAACCAAUUGUUCAACAGUGUUUUUGAAUCUAGUCUACCAGCAGAAGUUAAACCGAAUGCUACAGAUGCUGUAAGUGAUGCUGAUGGAAUGACUCAAAGACGUGCAUUUAUCAAAUCAAAAUAUGUUGAUCGACGUUUCAUAACAAAAACUACAUCGAAUUUAUUAUUGGAUAAUGAUAUUGGCAGUAAUAAUAUGAAAUUAGAUGAUAUGAAUACUAGUUCAACUGCUUCUGUUGUCACUACAACACGUGAUCCAGUUUCACAACGAUUCUUAAGACGAGAUUUGUUAAGAGCAGUGAAAACUGGAGAUCUACCUUUAUUAAUACAAGUAUACGCUGAGCGAUUGGAUUUAAUGACACCAUUUCAACCAGAAGACGAUGACUCCACUCCAUUGUUGGCGGGAACAACUGCUUUACAUAUAGCUGUAGAGACAACAAAUAAAUAUUUACGUCAAAAAUCUGAUAUUAGUUUCUCUUGUUUAUCUGGUGAAACAUCAUGGAACGACAGUGAUGAUAUUCACGAACAGCAAGUGAAACCACCUCAUUGUAAUCUACCGUUGGUUGAAUUCAUUAUACAAAAUGCUUUACCUGGUAGUUUGAAACGUGCCAAUGAGCUGGGCGAUACAGCAUUACAUCAUGCUGCACGUUAUGGUUGUGUAGAUGCACUCAAAUUACUCGUACAAGCUGGUGGGAUUCCAACUCCUAUCCUUCAACUCACCAAUAAAAAUGGUCAAACAGCAUUGGACAUCGUCGAGGUUAUGCUGACGACCGAAUCAAAUCCCAGUGAACUAGUCGAAGCGUAUAAAAGUUGUCAACAAAUAUUAAAAUUAGCUGAUUUAAUUGCAUCGAGUAUAUCAUCAAAUACUAAUCGUUUAAUGACUGAUUCCAUAUGUUCGUUAUUCCCUAACACUGAUGGUUCCUCGGAGAAAAUAUCAAUGCAUCGUGCUAAUCUAACUGAGUUGUUAGAUCGAUUGAAUUCAGUCAAUUGGUGUCAGCCGACCAAUGCUUUAUCACCAUCCACAACAUCCUAUUGGGCAAAGAGUGGAAAAUAUCGUCCUGCUAAUAAGCGUGUCCCAGUGUCGUCAUCAUCCACAAUAACAACACCGGGUGUUAGUACUGCGAAUACCACAACAACGACAACCGCAUCAGAAGCGUUCAGUAGUAAAUUAGGUUAUUUCUCUUUGUCUCCUGUGAUAAAAACCACAAAUCAGCCAUCCAUUUCCAGUCCACGUGAUAUAAACUCUUCUAAGACAACAUCAAGUGGGAAACAAAUAACCUUUGAAGAAAACCGAUAUGCUACAAGCAAAAAUGUACCAACGUUCAACAAACCUAUCCGAUCUUUCAGUCAGUAUUCUCCUUCAGCACAUUACGGUAGUGUAUUGGCAACACUUCCUCGUAAAAAAGGUCCUGCUCCUCGUCCGCCAUCUAUAGACAGUCAAGCAAAUGAUUCAUUCGAUUCUGGAACAUCGAAUAAAGCUGAUUUUUGGAGUACAUUCAAUCGAUUAGAUAUCAGUCGGAUUCCAAGUUCUCCUUCUGAGGCUGAUAAACAAUUACCCAGUGAUCAUAUUGAUAUAAUAUUAGAUGUUCUAGAAGAAAGACCAACUAUAUCUUCACCUUGUGUAAUUACCUCAUCUUCUCCUGCUGGUGAUUUUAUCGCCAAUAACACUAAUACUGUUUUUACAUCAAGAACAAUGAAGAGUAUAGGCACUUCUUCGUCUACAAUUCCUAAUGAUGAUGGUGGUGAUGGCCAUGAUGGUAUUACGACAUCUCCACCAAUCCCACCUAAACCUAGUUAUCUAUCCAAUACACUGUAUUCAACUUUGCCUAAUCGAAGUUUACAUGUGAAUAGGACUAGUUCUGUUUCGGUUAAUUCAAAUUUACCUACUGUACUUGACUCUUCCAGUUGUUUAACCUCUUCAACAUCAACACCUGCAACUAAAACGACAACAACAACAACCUCAUCAUCAUCUAGUCAGUAUACCGACUCCUUGAAAUAUUCUUUAUCCCAGCAUAUAAAUGACAGAUUUGGAAAUAUUUCAUCAGCAGCCUGUAUUCCAGCAUCGAUCACCGCAUCACUUGCAUCAAAAUCCACGGACUCACCAUCGAAACUAACAAGUAAUGGUAAUAAUGCUUCAGUAGCAAAUUGUAAAGUUGGUGAUCUACUUGAAGCUCUGUAUGACUGUGAAGCAGAGAAUUCUGAUGAGCUGACAUUUUCACGUGGAGAAAUAAUACAAAUAUGUGAUAAGCCAGACGAUGAUUGGUGGGAAGGUGUUAUUCACUCGGAUAAAAGUCGACGUGGAAUGUUCCCAGUCACUUAUGUAAAGCCUUACCAUCAUCACCAUCAUAACAGCAAUGAUAAUGAUUGAAAUAUAUGCAUUGUAUACAAUUAACUAACUAACUAACGGAAAUUUAUUCUCUUUACAUCUCUAAUAUUUACCGUGACCUUUUUUCGAUGAACGAUAAUAAUAAUAAUAUUCACAG